AUGGGGUCACUGAAAGAAAGUCUGGACAGGUUCAAGAAGCAACAAGAGAAAUGUCAAUCAACCCUAAAGAGCAUUGCUGCAGGUUCUAAAACAACCACCAAGACAACAACACCUGCUCCUAGAGUUGUGCCUGCAAACACCUCGACUAAAUUACCUUCUCCUCCAAUUAAAUUCUCUAAUGACACAGAGAGGUUGCAGCAUAUUAAUAAUAUAAGGAAGGGCCCUGUUGGAGCUCAGAUCAAACGUGUGAUUGAUCUGCUGUUUGAGUCAAGGCAAUCAUUCACAGCAGAGCAAAUAAAUGAAGCAUGUUAUGUUGAUGUGAAAGGCAACAGAGCUGUGUUUGAGAGUUUAACAAAAAAUCCAAAAGUUAGUUAUGAAGGAAAACGCUUCUCUUACAAGUCGAAGCAUAAUGUGAGAGACCAAAAAGAACUACUCCGUUUAAUUCGGACAUUUGCAGAAGGAAUUGCUGUUGCUGAUCUUAAGGAUGCUUAUCCAACUGUCAUGGAUGAUUUACAGGCCUUGAAAGCUGCAAGACAGAUAUGGCUUCUAUCAAACUUUGACUCACAAGAAGACAUAGCCUACCCUAAUGAUCCACGUGUCCCAAUCAAAGUUGAUGAUGAAUUGAAACAGUUAUUCAGGUCAAUUGAACUGCCACGUGACAUGCUGGACAUUGAGCGGGACCUACAGAAGAACGGAAUGAAGCCUGCAACCAACACUGCGAAAAGAAGAGUCAUGGCACAAAAUGGUAAUAUUUAUAACAAACCAAAACAAAAGAAGAAGAAGACUGAGAUUAGUAAACGUACAAAGCUCACAAACGCUCAUCUUCCUGAGCUCUUUCGCAACCUUAAUGGCUAGUUGGAUUUGCUAUUGUAUAUGUUAAUGUUUCGAUAAAUGAGAAUACGAGAAUCGUUUAUGGAUUAUGAAUGUUUUUCAAUAUGUAUCACGAUUUGAUGUUCAAGUGGAUGAUUUUAUGUGGAUGUAUAUGUAUUAGUUUUUUAUGCUUGAAUGUAUGCUGAGGAUCCAUAAGUGAGGUCUCAGGUUUAAGUCUUGGCGUUGUUGUUAUCAUCUAUUUUUUUAAUUCCAUUAUAGAUUGGUUUAUAUGAUUGUUUAGGGUUAGUUGAUUGAAUUUG